AUGACAGAUCCUUUUGAAAAUUGCUCCCCUCUCCUUCGAAUGCGCCAAGGCGGAUUUUUGAAGGAGGGUAAAAUCCAUGACGGAACACUUGGUGUAUUGAAAUUUACUACUAGCUCACUCCAAGAAGUCGCAUAUGAAAGUGUGGACAACUAUCCUGCCAUUCUUCGAAUGCGAGAGAGAAGAGACCCAAUCAACUCGCUGGAAGACUCCGAAUCCUCCAACGCCCCUCUAGUCAAAGACAACACUAUGGUCAGAGGAUGUCGACAGCGCUCGGAUGCACGAACGCCAUACUACGAAGACGAAUCGUCAUCCUCCAAUAGUAACGACAGAGGAUCCGACAGUGAGACAGCUACUGAGGAAGCCGAAAGCGACAAGACAGAAUCUAAUAACAGCUCCGAGUCCAGCAAUGGGUCAACAUUCGAAUCCUUGCCAAACAUGAGAGUGCCUACCGGACGAACCCAACCAAACCUGAUUAUUCCUUCGGCAAUGUCCCUGGAAGACGAGAACAACAAAUAUGCGUUUGCAGAUCCUAUCCAAGAGAUUUCAAUCACAGAAAGCAAUAUUCUAGAGAGCUUCUCCAUGCACAGUUAUUCGAGGUGUUCCCGAGAUACCUUUGAUGAUGACGAAGACGAGAAGGGGACGGAAACGCCACCGAGAAGAGCAAGAGAAGAAAAGAAUAUAGCCAAGACUCCGUCAUCGCCUUUGGAAGCCUCCAUUAUGGCCAUGGAUGCCUACUACAAAAAUGUAUUAGCACGACCAACAAAGCAAACUAUUGAUCCACGCAUCGAAGAAAUGAAACAAAUCAUGCUUGUAUUCUGGAAGCAAGAUCAAACCUCUGCUACUGCUCUGUUCUCCAUCUCGUGGCAACUUUCUCGGCGAUACCUAUCGAUUGCUGCUUCCCCUGCACAGCCUGAGCAUGUCGACAACUCUAAUGCGGAGACGUCAUUGAUCCAAUAUUUCAACGCAUCAAACGAUGAUCCGCUCUGGAGAAGUUUCCAACGAUUCUUUGCCAACCAAGGCACAAUCAUCAUUCCUCAGUAUCUCUGUCCAUCUUCUGUCGAGGACUUCAUGAUUUUCGAUUGGGGGAAUGAAAUCGAAGGCAUGGAAAGCGAUGAGAUUAGUGACUCGUAUGGUGAAAUUGAUGAACUUCUCACAGUCGACCGCGUCUUGAGUCUGGAAGACUUUGAUGAUGAUGAAAUCUUCAAGUUUCGAAACUUUAUAGAAGCAGAAGACAAGCACUCAAAUAAUGAGGUUGAUAAUGAUGACGAUGGCGACAUACACCCCACUCUCAGCGGAGAAGAUGGCGUUUUCGAAUUCCGAGGCUGCGUCAACAACAAUCAUUACGUCUUUGAGUCCCAGUCUUCUUCCAUGGCCAAUCAUGACUCCAAUAUUGCUCAACCUGCUGCAUAUGAACCCUUUUCCAAGUUGGAAAAGAUCGUUGAAGAGGUAAGCAGCAAUGCGGAAACCGAGUCCAAUGCGACUUCGGUGAGUAAAGACGAUGGUAUUCGUCCUGCCAUCAAUGAUGACGCAGAUCCAGCGGCAUCUCCGACCCAAGCAACGGUAGAAAAAGACUCAAGAAGUACAGAUUCAAGUUUGUUCCCCGACAGUCUAGACAACAUGCUCAUGAUGAUUCCAAACAAAUCGGUGGUCGAUGACGGUGCCAUAUCUGUUGAAGAGAGUCAGGAUGACACUUUUGAACAAAGUCACGAGGAUGCUGAAAACAAUGGCGACUGGGGGAAUGCAUACAGCAGCUCUGCCAAACACAACAAAAUGACAAACAUGCCAAUUGAAGCUGCUUUUGAUAUGGCAAUCAAGGGUGUUCGAUCGAUUCACUCCGAGAACAAUUCUACAAAGGAAGUAACUCGAAGGGGAACAAAGGACGGUUCCCUCAGAUCGAGGGAUGCGUUGAGCGUUGCUUCCGAGCAAACAAAUGUUACCCACGAUUGUGUGUCAGAAAAUCUUGUCGACCGAUUUCUGACAACACUGGAGAUUGCUCUUUGUCUGCGAUAA